GUUCCGCGGUGUCUGCGGCCGGGGCGCCCAGCGCCGCCCUCCCCGGCCCGGGCUUUGGGGCUGUGCCGCCGCCCGAGCACGGAGCCCAGCGCGGCCCCCGGGGCGGUGCUCCCGGGCCGGGGCCUGUCGGGGGGCGGCGGGGGGCCGGGCCGGGCCGGGCGGCGGGGCGGUGCCUGGCCGGGGCGGCGGGCGGGACGCGCCGAGCGGGGCCGGGCCCAGCGGAGCCGAGCGGAGCGGAGCCGGAGCGGGCGGCGGUGGCGGCCUGGCGGAGCGGCGCGGGCCCGGCCGGGCUGGCAGGGCGCCGUGUGGAGCCGGGGCACCGGGGCGCCCUGGGGAGCCGCCAUGCCCGCGCGCCCGCCGCGAGCCACGCCGAGGCCGCCCGCCACCCCCUCGCCCCGCUGAGGCCAUGGGGCUGCAGCUGCCGCCGCUGCCACCACCGUGGGGAUUUUGGCUCGGCAAGGGGACUCUCGGUGUGUCUGCCAUGGUGACAUGAAGCAGACAGCGAGGGACGCCGGACUGCUGGAAGGGAGAGAGCCUGCACAGGCAGCCUGCUAGUAUUUUAAUUUAUAAGUAGCAUUCAAUUUUAUUUUACCUUUUUUUUUUUUUUGAUUGGUUGCUUCUUCCCCUCCCCGGGGCUCACGAGGGGAGGGGGUGGGCAGGGGAGAGGGGCCCCACCUUGCCCCACGGAUGCAAGGAUGACUGUGCUGGCCAGGGCCCGGCGGGGUAUCCGGCAGCUCUCUCCGCAGGUGGUGUUGCUCCUGCUCUUCGUCUUCUGCCUGCUCAGUGUUUUCAUCUCUGCGUAUUAUUUAUAUGGGUGGAAAAGGGGCUUGGAGCCCUCCGGGGACGUUGCAGGGCUGGACUGUGAUGAGCCCAAGGUCGCCCCUUCCCGCUUGCUGCCGCUGAAGACGCUCAAGGUGGCCGACUCCUCCCGCACGGACCCCUUGGUGCUGGUCUUCGUGGAGAGCCUCUACUCCCAGCUGGGCCAGGAGAUCGUGGCCAUUUUGGAGUCGAGUCGCUUCAAAUACAGGACAGAGAUCGCCCCGGGGAAGGGGGACAUGCCCACGCUGACUGACAAGGACCGGGGACGCUUUGCGCUCAUCAUCUACGAGAACAUCCUCAAGUAUGUCAACCUGGAUGCCUGGAACCGGGAGCUGCUGGACAAGUACUGCGUGGAGUACGGCGUGGGCAUCAUCGGCUUCUUCAAGGCCAACGAGAACAGCCUGCUGAGUGCCCAGCUGAAGGGCUUCCCCCUCUUCCUCCAUUCCAACCUGGCGCUGAAGGACUGCAGCAUCAACCCCAAGUCGCCCUUGCUGUACAUCACACGCCCCAGCGAGGUGGAGAAGGGCGUGCUCCCCGGGGAGGACUGGACCGUCUUCCAGUCCAACCACUCCACCUACGAGCCAGUCCUCCUGGCCAAGACCAAAUCGGCCGAAUCCAUCCCACACAUGAGUGUGGACGCGGCGCUGCACACCACCGUGAUGCAGGACCUGGGCCUCCAUGAUGGCAUCCAGAGGGUGCUUUUUGGCAACAACCUCAACUUCUGGCUGCACAAACUGGUCUUUGUGGACUCUGUCUCCUUCCUGACGGGCAAGAGGCUCUCCCUGCCCCUCGACCGCUACAUCCUGGUGGACAUCGACGACAUCUUUGUGGGCAAGGAGGGCACGCGCAUGAAGGUGGAAGAUGUCAAGGCACUGUUCGACACGCAGAACGAGCUGCGCACCCACAUCCCAAACUUCACCUUCAACCUGGGAUACUCAGGGAAAUUCUUCCACACGGGUACUGAUGCCGAGGACGAAGGCGAUGACCUGCUGCUGUCCUACGUGAGGGAGUUCUGGUGGUUCCCCCACAUGUGGAGCCACAUGCAGCCUCACCUCUUCCACAACCAGUCGGUUCUCGCUGAGCAGAUGACCUUAAACAAGAAAUUCGCUGUCGAGCAUGGCAUCCCCACUGACAUGGGGUACGCUGUGGCCCCCCACCACUCGGGUGUGUACCCUGUCCACGUGCAGUUGUACGAAGCUUGGAAGCAGGUUUGGUCGAUCAAAGUGACGAGCACAGAAGAAUACCCCCACCUGAAACCUGCUCGCUAUCGUCGUGGCUUCAUCCACAAUGGCAUCAUGGUACUCCCCCGGCAAACCUGCGGCCUCUUCACACACACCAUCUUCUACAAUGAGUACCCUGGUGGCUCCAGUGAGCUGGACAAAAUCAUCAAUGGGGGUGAACUGUUCCUGACCGUGCUCCUCAACCCUAUCAGCAUCUUCAUGACCCAUCUGUCCAAUUACGGCAACGACCGCCUGGGCUUGUACACCUUCAAGCACCUGGUCCGCUUCCUCAACUCCUGGACCAACUUGAAGCUGCAGACGCUGCCGCCUGUGCAGCUGGCACAGAAAUACUUCCAGAUCUUCUCUGAGGAGAAGGACCCGCUGUGGCAGGAUCCCUGUGAAGACAAGCGUCACAAAGACAUUUGGUCCAAAGAAAAGACCUGUGACCGAUUCCCAAAGCUUCUCAUCAUCGGGCCUCAAAAAACAGGAACGACCGCCCUCUAUCUCUUCUUGGGGAUGCACCCGGACCUGAGCAGCAACUACCCCAGCUCAGAGACCUUCGAGGAGAUACAGUUCUUCAAUGGACACAACUAUCACAAGGGCAUCGACUGGUACAUGGAGUUCUUCCCCAUCCCCUCCAACACCACUUCUGACUUCUACUUCGAGAAAAGUGCCAACUACUUUGACUCAGAAGUGGCUCCUCGGCGAGCUGCGGCCCUGCUCUCCAAGGCCAAAGUCAUCACCAUCCUCAUCAACCCUGCAGAUCGAGCCUACUCCUGGUAUCAGCACCAGCGAGCUCACGAUGACCCAGUCGCCCUGAAAUACACCUUCCACGAGGUGAUCACGGCAGGACCCGAGGCUGCUCCGAAGCUCCGGACCCUGCAGAACCGCUGCCUGGUGCCAGGCUGGUACGCCACCCACAUUGAGCGCUGGCUGAACAGCUACCACGCCAAUCAGAUCCUGGUCCUGGAUGGCAAGCUGCUCCGAACGGAACCUGCCAAAGUGAUGGAGACGGUGCAGAAAUUCCUCGGUGUGACCAACUUCAUCGAUUAUCACAAGACCCUGGCGUUUGAUCCCAAGAAAGGAUUCUGGUGUCAGCUUCUGGAUGGAGGGAAAACAAAAUGCUUGGGAAAGAGCAAAGGGAGGAAGUACCCCGAGAUGGAUUCGGAUUCGCGCGCCUUCCUGCGGGACUAUUACAGGGACCAUAACAUCGAGCUCUCCAAGCUCCUGUACAAAAUGGGGCAGACGCUGCCCACCUGGCUGCGGGAGGAGCUGCAGAGCACCAGGUAGCUGCUGCCCACUGCCCGCCCAGCAAUACCCGAGGGGGCCGACCCCCUGCACCCGGCGGGACCUUCCUCAGCAAUACCCCACCACUGCCGCCUUGGAGGGGACCCCCAGGCGUGGACGGCUGUGCCGGAGGCUGCUCGAGCAGCGGCCUGACUCUGCGGUCCCUGCGCUGCCACCGCUCCGCCUACCCCACACCCGUUUCUCUUUCAUUUUAUUUUUAUUUUUUUUCCUUUUUAAUUCCUGAAUCUGUCGGUGAGGUCCCUUCGCACCCUGCUCCAACAUGGGGAAGUGGCACAAAUUCCCUGUUUCGCUGCCCAAAACGGGCCCUGACUCCCCCGGGCCCGAGGGCGGUGGCAGAGUUAUCCCUUACCUCCUGGUCCGAGGGUGGAGGAGCUGCUCUGGGCAUGCUGGAGGUGACUUUGCUGAGCUGGAGCAGAGGAACGGAGCUGUUGGAGACCCAAAGCACAGAGGGACCCAGACCCGUUCCUGCCAUUGACCCUGCAGCAGGAAGCAGGAGUUUGCCGAAUUUCCCCAACACCUACAUGGAAAAGCUGCGAACAAGGGGGAUUUUUCUUUCAAAGCAUCGGGCAUGAUUUCUUUUGUCGUCUCCAUUCAUUUUCAAGCUCCUCAACCUCUUCUUCCCUCUCUGUGGGCAGUGUGGUGGGACUGCAGCUGAGCAGGAGAAGGGACCGGUGUGCUGGCCCCGGCGUGCUGGCCCCAGCGUGCUCCCUGGCACGCUCCCGUCCCCCCCAAACCCCCUCUUGCAAUCUUGUACACGUGUGGUGUUUCCUGUGGUAAAGCCGAGCGGCGCCCAGCAUCCCCCGGCACGGAGGAGAGCCGGCCGUCGGGGACAGGGCGGACAUUGGGAUAACGGCGAUUGGAAGGAUUCUGAGAACUUCGAACCUCUUGAAUAUUAAAAGCAAAAGUAUUUUAAUAAUGUUGGGGGGGGGGGGGGAGGGUUCGUUUGGUUCCCAUUUUGCAGAGGGUUGUUUUUCUUUGGUGCCAGAAUUUGUACCUAAACCCCGAGGGUUUUACGUGGUCUCUUUGGUUGUUACACGUGACGUGGACGAAGGUCAGUGGGGAAACGGGACAGUUUCCCAGCCGGAGAUGUGUCUUUAUACUGGUGGUGCUGUACGGAGCCACAGCCCCAGCUCUGCCUCUCCCGUACCCCGUCGUGUCCCCAGGGGUUUGCUGCCGGGGCUGGCAAACCAGACUGAGCCGUCACGGAUUUACCGGGACAAGGGCCCGAAUUUCCCCUCGGAUGGAGCUGCUCCAUCCCUGCUACAGCUGCAGGGUGUGGGAUGGCAGCGAUUGCCGCCGGAGGUGGACGUGGUCCCUGGGAUGCUGCCCUCGCCUCCAGAGCCGGGCCAGGGCAGCGGUGGGGGGGAAACGCGGUGUUUCACCCUGGGUGAUGGAGGGGCCCCCCCGGCUGGGUUCCCACCCGGUUAUUUUUGCAGGAGCCCCUGUAGCUGUGCGUGGGGCCGUGGGGGGCUGCAUCUCCCCUCUGCCCCUCCGUGGGGUUGCACUGGGAGAAGCUCCUGGGCGCUGGUGUAAGGUCCUGUUGAACCAACUGCUAAUAAACUGGGGGGCUCUGGUUUUA